AUGAGUGGGGGCUUGUAUGGGAAAACGGCGUUGGUUGUCAAUGGGACAGAUACUAUAGGGAAGGCCAUUAGUCGGAGACUUGGCCUUGCAGGGGCUAAGAUUUUCUUAACUGGCUCAAGUCAACAAACGUUGGAGCAGACGGUUUCCGAUCUUGGUGAUAAAGGUGUGAUUGCAUGUGGUGCAGUAUUUGAUCCGUCCAUAGAAAGUCAUCGGAAACAAUUGGUUGAAGAAGUCAGUACUUGUGGAAAUAUGGGUUUAUUUUUAGAUUCAAAACAAAUACAAAGGACUCGACUGUGUAGUGCUGAACCCGGGGAGAAACGAAGUGACUGGAGAUAUCAUAAACAGUUCGAAGCUACAAUUUGAUCAGGUUUUUAUUUUCAUAUUUAUAAAUCAUUCCGUUUUAGGUGUUCUCUCAGUAUCUGACCAUCCCAUUCCUUCUUGCGUCUUCUGCGUAUCCAUUACUUCAAAAAUCAAAGUACGUAGUACACAUUUUUUUAAUUAUGAUCGUAGAAAUGGCUCUGUAAUAUUCCUUUCGUCGAUGGCUGGUUACACUUCAUUCAUCGAUCUCGGCCUAUACAGCACAGUCCAAACGGCAGUUCUUGGAUUAACUAAAGCGUUAGCUGUGGAUAUGGCUAAAGAGAAUGUUAGAGUUAAUUCUGUUGUUCUCGGGAUGUUUAAGGACGAUGAGACCGGUUCUGUAUGGAAUACAGACGACGAAACUGCCAAGAAUUCCUUGGAGAAUCUGAUCCCUCUUGGACGAUUGGCUCAACCUAAGGAUUGUGCUGGAUUAAUUGAAUUCUUGGUCUCAGAUCGCGCUAGAUAUAUUUCUGGUGAGAACUGUCCUGUUACAGGGGGCAUCAACGUUAGAUUAUAAAUAUUUUUUGUUGUCUGUUCGAAUAAAGAUAGGGUAGUAAUGUUUGUAAUAGUUGAACUCCUUCUUAACGGUUCCGGUGGGAUUUCCCUUAUUGCUUCAUGUGAUGCAAGACGAAAUUAUUAAUUUUUUAAUUAAGGAAUGAAUGGGUUGAAAAGACUUAAUUACCAAGAUCUUUUACCCAUUCAAGGGUCGGAGUAUAUAGUUCGACGUCUUCGGCUUCUGGAAAGGUUGAAAUUGCAUCACCCACAUCCAGUCGUUUAUCUAAAUGGUUUUAAGAAGACUUACUGUGCUCCAGAUGUUCCUAGCCCUUUUCGUCAAUGUUCAAGUUUCCGAUAUUUAGCUGGGGCUCUACAACCGAAUUCAAAGUUGGUGAUAACCGACAAGGCCUCAACCUUGUUCAUCCACUUCAAAAGUGAUAAAGAAAGAUUGUGGGAUGGAGAUUCACCGGAUGUCGAUACGUUGAAGAAGAUGUCCGGGUUGGAUGAUGUUUUGCCUUUAACCGAACUACCCAGAUUCCUCAUAACUAAUCUCCAACCAUCCAAUUCAUUUGCUUUUGACGAUCGUGGAUUAGAUGAAGACGAAUCUGUUGUAAAAUUGCGAUCUGGCUUUAGAGGGAAACGAUUGGUUCUUUUAAAUGAGAUUGAUCAUCUAAGAUGGCGAAAGUCGCCCGCUGAGAUUGAACAUCUUCGUACUGCCGCCAGAAUUGGAAGUGAAGCUCACAAUGCGAUGUUGGAGACCCAGAAAAACGUGAAUCAAGAGAGUCAUAUUGUUGGAUUUCUGGAGUAUGAGAUGCGCAGAAGAGGAGCGAAUUGCCAAGCAUACUCUCCAGUUGUAGCUGCAGGAAAACGAGCAAACACUAUCCAUUACAUCGAUUCUAAUAAGGUAAUAUGAAAAGCAAGAAGUUUAUGUAACACUUACAGACCAUUCAUAACGAUGAUUGCGUGCUCGUUGAUGCGGGAGCUGAUUAUCAUGGAUACGUUUCUGAUAUCACACGCUGCUUUCCUGUGUCCGGAACUUUUACGCCAGCACAACGAGAGCUAUACGAAGCAUUGAGCGAGGUCCAUGAAGAAUGUUUGGAAUACGCGCAGAAUGUUCGUCCAUUGAAAUUGAGCGGAUUAUAUCUUCAUAUGCUUGGUGCUAUGGCCACGAUUCUCAAAUCGAUGUUCUUUUUCAAAAAGGGGAUUUCAGACGAAGAAAUAAUCGAGGCCUGUUACAAACUCUGCGAACACCAUGUCUCCCAUUACUUAGGCAUGGAUGUGCAUGACACACCUACAGUAUCCCGUUCUAUUGAGAUGCCGCCAGGAGUCGUUUUUACAAUAGAACCUGGUAUGUUUACAAGAAGAGUGUAAUUAUACUGUCUCAUGCGAAGAGGUUGAAUUACUGAAAUAUUUCUUACAUUUGUUUAUUUGGAGUUUCUAAUGUUUACCACUGUCACCAAACUUAUUGUUCUUUCAAUUUCAGGAAUUUAUGUCGACCGGAAGAUGACCGAGACCUUAAUUAAUCCACAAUUCGCCGACAUUGGCUUCAGAAUCGAAGAUGACGUACUCCUAACUGAUACUGGCAUUGAGAUAUUGUCAAAAAGGGCAGUCAGGAAUGGAGAUGACAUUGAAAAAUUAAUGAAAUGGUCGUAUUAG